GAGAAGGUAGCUGGAUUUCUUAAAACGCGACGCGCGCUCGGCACAGGACGUCCCGCCACUGCAGAUCGACCAAUAGAAGCCGGAGUUACUAUCCCGACUAGUUUAAAGUUGCAGGAAGACUACUAAUGUUUACACUUGAUACGCAUUACACGCCAGUCCUGCGUUGUGUGCGCUGUUGUUGUGCCGCACUUUUUACUUGCAGAAAUGGCCUCCGAAAACAAAUCGUGCAAGACAGAGGACGUGCUGGAGAUCGUUUCGAAAGAUAGUGAGGUAGAGUUGUGUGUUGAAGAUUCUUCGUCAGAUGACGAAGAUCUCAUCCAGGUAGACAAAGAAAAUAGCAGCGAUUCGGGCUACGAAAUACUGCUGCCCCAAAGUGAUGAUGACGACUAUGAGCCCCUAAGUCCCUCAUCCCCUGCACAGCCAUCAGAGCCAUAUCAUUCCCAAGCCACACAAUCUACCUCAGCUCCUACUGUCCCCCAGUUGCCUGAAAGCAGCAACAAUGAUGACUAUGAACAACCUCUGCAAAGCCCGGCCAAAAGAAAAGCUAAAUUGAAGCCUGCUAGGUCUAAGGCUCGGAAGAGUGGGCCUCCUGAACAGGAAGAAAUGUGGCAUAACAAAAAGGAGGAGGACAGAAAUCCUGAACCCUUCAAGUUUAUGCCCUCCAGGGUACCUGGUCCUACAUUUAACAAGACGGCAUCAUGGUCUCCACUUUCGCUCUUCCAGCUUUUCUUUAGUGUACCUGUUGUACAGACAAUCAUUCAAAAUACCAAUGCCAAUGCUGCGAGAAGGAAGGCAGCUGGUGUAAAGUUUCAAUGGACUGAUCUGACAGUGAAAGACUUUUACGUCUUCUUGGCUAUUAUUGUUUUCACAGGCCUUGUAAGUGUACACCACAGAGCUGACUACUGGAAAAGAGAAUGGCCAUACAAUUUUCACUUCCCCCAAGAAUAUAUGUCCAGGAACCGUUUUGAGGCCAUCGUGUGGUCAUUGCACCUCUCCAACCUGAAAGACGACGAGGAAAACCAAAAAAAAAGAAACACCCCACAGUACGAUCGGCUUUUCAAAAUCAAGCUGCUCUACGACCAAAUCGUGAAUGCCUGCAAAGCAAAUUUCCAGCCUUACGAAAACAUCUGCAUAGAUGAGAGGAUGGUGGCAUCUAAGGCUAGAAUUAGCGUCAAGCAGUAUAUGAAGGCGAAGCCCACAAAGCGGGGAUACAAGCUGUUUGUUCUGGCUGAUUCAGCAUCGGGUUACACAUGGAACUUUUCUGUCUACACAGGGAAGAGUGAAAGCAGCAUAAGCCAUGGUCUGAGCUACUCAGCCGUUUUAGAUCUUCUGCCAUUUUCUUUGCUUGGUCGGGGCUACACUUUAUAUUUGGAUCAUUUUUAUACCAGCCCUGCGCUGCUCCAAUAUCUGCAUAAGAAUUGCUUUGGCUGCUGUGGAACCAUUAAAAAAACCCAGAGUGACUUUCCCCGCACAGAAAAAAAUGACUUUCCUAAAAGAGCUGAGAGGGGAGAUAUGCGCUGGGUUAGAAAAGAUGAAGUGCUCUUUGUCAAGUCGAUUGAGACUCGGGAGAUAACGAUGUGCUCCACAGUGCACAGGGCCUUCAGUGGAAAGACUGUGCAGCGUAGAGUGAAGGAGGCUAGGGUGUGGUCGGCAAAGCAAAUACCUGUUCCUGAUGCAGUGCUGGAUUAUAAUAAGAACAUACAUGGUGUUGAUUUAUCUGAUGCUCUCAUUGGUUAUUACAGUGUUCAACAAAAAACAAAGAAGUGGUAUAAGACUUUUUUUUUAUCACUUCGUGGACAUUGCCAUUGUGAACAGUUUUAUUUUGCACAAGGAGAUAUGCAGGAGCCAGGGUCAGGAGCCGGUAACUCAGAAAAAGUUCUGGGAGCACCUUGCUGUGGAAAUGCUGUCUUUUGCUGUAGGCUCAGCACCAGCAGCACCAUCGCCCACACUCACCUGCAUGCCGCGUUAUUACGGCAGCGAUGCUACACAAUCCAGGAGGUACUGCAGGAGGUGCCUGGAUGCUGGCAUCCCAAGGGUGAAAACACCUAUUUAUUGUAGGGCUUGCAAUGUCCCUCUGUGCCUCACGUCAAAAAAAAAACUGUUUUGAGCGCUGGCAUGAUAAGCAGGAAUAUUUAUCAAGUGUAAAUGUGCACUGAUGGCUUGCUUCCGCUCUUGUAAUGAAACCUAGAAUUUCAAGAAAUACUCAAAUCAUUUUGAGGAUGUCAUUAUUAUUAUUUUUUGUUAAUCAAGAACCUCACCUAAUGUCAACUUUUGUCCAUGUAUUACAGAACAAUAUGAGCAGAGAAAAAUCCCUGUAACGGGCACCUUAUGCAUCUGAUUUGGAGUUCUACACAAAAUGUUUUGCCAUUUCUAAUAGCCCGAGUAUAGGUUUAAAUACGACACCCAGAAUAGGAUCACAAAGAAUAAAGUCUUUAUUAUACACUUAGGAGAAUCAGUUCAGAAUUGUAUAGAGCUGUGGAAAAGUAUACCUCAGGACGGUCAAUCCAGCACUCUCACAGGAGUCACAAUAUUUUAUGCUUUUAUACACUGUCAACCUACAGUGCUGGGCUGUGGGCUGAAGUCAGAUUCGUAUUUAACUUGAUUAGGAUAUGUAUUAAAUUUAUAUCCUUAAUAUAUAUCCUGAAAAGCCUAUAAAUGGAUGUCCUUAUACUGGCAUUAGGCUCCUUCUAGCUGCAGGCCUCAAUCAUUGCAUUCUUUUAUUUUUAUCAAUUCAGUAGCAAAAUCUGUCAUUCUCCCUGGCAUCCCUCAUCCUCCACAGCUAACCAGGCUGUCAGUAGUGGCUCUUAUACAAGAAACCUACAUUAGGUGAUCUGUGCCAUCCCUGAGCAGAGCAGUUUUCACUAAAAAAGUUCAUUUUUUUCUGUCCUUGCAGUAUACUGUACUAUAUUCAGCUACAGUAGAAGUGAUUCAGAUGAACUCAGUCAUGGUACGCACCUGGUGUAACGGCUAAAUGUAACGAAGCACGUUGAGUAGGUGAAAGGAUGGUUCCACAGUGUGCGGCAUCAACUGUCAAACAUGGAGGAGGAAGCGUGAUGGUCUGGGGCUGUUUUGCUUGGAUCCAGGGUUGGUGACUUGUACAGAGGGAGAGGCACCCUACUACAGCAUUCUGCAGCACCAUGCAAUACCCUCUGAGUUGCGCUUAGUUGGUCAGGGGUUCAUUCUGCUGCAAGAUAACGACCAAAAACAUAAGUCCAAGCUAUGUCGGAACUACCUCAGGAAAAAAAAGAACAAGAUAGUAAGCUUGAAAACAUGGAGUGGCCAGCGCAGUCUCCAGACUUAAAUCUCAUUGAGCUGGUUUGGGAUGAAAUGGACAGAAGAUUGAAAGCAAAGCAACCUACAAAUGUCACACAUUUAUGGGAACUUCCACAUAUAUGGGAAGAACUUUCUGAAGAAUAUUUGAUUUCUAAUGUAGAAAGAAUGCAACGGAUAUGUUCAGCUGUUAUAUCUGCAAACGGGCACUUCUGGUUCCACCUGCAAGAGAAUUUUAGAAAACCUUGGUGUUUUCCCAGACAGCUCUUUUAAACUCGAGAAACACAUCUCAGCUGUGGCGAAAAAACAGUUUCUAGCAGCUGCGUCAGAUAUCUAAAGCAAAGCCAUACUUCCCUUUGAAGGAUCUUGAAAAGCUCAUUCACACUCUUAUCACUUCCACGUUAGACUACUGUAAUUCUCUCUACUCGGGCCUCCCAUCUUCCUCUAUUCACCGGCUCCAGUUAGUUCAAAACGCAGCUGCACGUCUCUUUACUGGUACUAGAAAUUAUGCCCACAUCACACCAGUUUUAGCCAACCUACAUUGGCUCCCUGUUGAUUAUCGUAUCAAUUUCAAAAUUCUUUUGCUUACCUUUAAAAUUUUAAAUAAUUUGGCUCCCAGCUAUCUAUGCGAACUCCUUCAUUUGUAUAUCCCUUAUAAGGUACUUAGAUCUUCCAAUCAAAUGCCCCUGAUGUAACCGAGGUCUCGUCUGAAGUCCAGAGGUGAUCGGGCCUUUGCUGUCGUAGCUCCCAGACUCUGGAAUAACCUCCCUCCUUAUAUUUGUUCCUCCGAGUUCAUCAAGUCUUUUAAAUUGCAUCUUAAAAUUUAUUAUUUUAGUCUGGCUUUUGAUUCAAAUUAGUAUGUCAUUUCGUGGCUAGUUUUUGUUUCAAACAAUUGUCAUGUUGUUUCCUGCCCUCCGUUUAACUGUUUCUUUUUAUUCUGUCUUAUGCUAUUGCUCUGACCGACUGUGAAGCACUUUGGUCAACUUUGUUGUAUUAUCAUGUGAUAUAGAAAUACAUUUUGAUUUGAUUUUUUGAUUUGAUUUGAAGAGAAUGACAGUUUAUUUGUCUCUUUCCUAUUUGGUGUGAACAACCCCUUCGGUAAUCUUUUUGAUAAUAGUGGAGAUUGCUUUUGAAAAUGCGAAGUAUGAGAGUCACAACUCUAACAGAAAAGGAAACAGAGAAAAGCCAUGCUGGUAGGAGCUACUCUCCUGAGCUAAGGUUAGUCACAUGGGGCAUGGAUACAGCUGAACCCACCCAACAUGAAUAUCUUGAAAGAACUUUGUGACUUUAGAAAAGAUAACAACGAAUAAUAUGCGGAUAUUAAACGUGACUUGAGAAGAGUUGAUGCUAGAGUGGAAGAGGCAGAGGGGUGAAUCAUAGAGACUGAGAAGGUGCUACAGGUGGCGUCAUUGUUAAGGCUAACAGCGUCAAAUUAGACCUGCUCGAGCAGGAAGGCCGAGUAUGCAGAGACAACCUUCGGAUAUAUGGAAUAUGUGAUGAUGAAGAAGGGUCCGACAUGAUUAAAAUUUUGUACAAUUUAUUGAAAAAACUCGCUGGGCUUUUCCAGUGGCCAAUCACUUGGAAGUGAAAGAGCACAUCGCACUUUGAUGACAAAACCAAAUGGGUGCGAAAAGCCCAGAUCUAUUGUCAUGAAGUUUUACCCUUUAGGCUUAUGAAAACACGCUAGUUAAGGGUGUGAUUGGUAAGUUUUACAAGCAAGCCUCACUCUAUGCGAUUGUUAAGAUGGGAAAAGGAAGGAAACAUUUCAAUAUGAAAUUGAAUAUGAAACUUCAGUAUUCUUUUUCUGCUACUAAAAAAUGCUAUAUUUAGCAUUGUGUUUUCUAUGGACCAAUGUCUUCUUGUUUGUAAAAUGACAGUUUGUCUGAUGGGAAAAUACGGUCACAGUAAAGGUUUAUUCAUGGACGAAAGAAAAUCUGCUGUAAUCCCCUACUUUACCUCUAGGAGGCAGCAAAACUAUUAAAAUUAGUUUCUGCUGCUGUUAUUUUAGUAAGUCUUAUGAUUUACUUAUUUAAUUGGUUCCUUCUGAAUUUUUCUUAUACACCAUGAUGUUCACUUGAUUUCUGCUUCAGUAUAAUGAAGAACAAUCACAAGCACUUCAUGAGAUUAAAGAAUUUAACUGGGAAAGAAAUCAAAUUUAUGCAGUCAGUAUGUACAGUGAUGAUUCUUCUUCAUAACUUCUUCAUAAAAUUCUCUGUAGCUCUCUGGUGGUCAUCCAUUCCUGUCUUAUCAGUGCUGCAAGCCGAUCACAGGCUGUUCACUUGCUUCUUAAGGACUGACUGACUAGAUUAAGAUUUGGGGAGUUUUCUGGCUGUAAAUGUUAAUUUGAUGAGCACCAAAUCACUUAGUUAUAACUUCUGCCUUGUGACAUGUUGCUCCAUCAUACUGGAAAAUAGACAGAUCACCACUAAAUUCCUUCUGGAUUGUUGAAAGAACUUUUGCACCAUUCUUAGUUCAUGACAGUGUUUUGGGGCAGAAUUGUGACUGUGCAGAAUCCCAUGGAUGAGAAGAAACCACACACCUAGAUAACCUCAGGAUGCUUCACCAUUGGCACAAAUCAUGGUAGCAUUUACCUUUCCUCUUUUGGACUGUCAAUUUUUUUAGAAUUCCUUAACAGUCAGAGACGGGCAUCAUCAGUGAAAACAACCUUCCACUUCUUCUACUGUCCAGUCCUUGUAGUCUGUGCAGCAUUUCAGUCUUUCCUUGAUGUUUUUCUUGGAGAGAAGUGGCUUCAAGCAUCUCCUAUUUUAUAGAGAAGUCUGUGCUUCCAACUGAUUGAUGCAUGACAUCAGUCGACUCACACUUUCUCUUGCGCUAUAAGAUGAUACAGAACUGCUGAUAGCUCUUCGUUUAAUGCUAGGGCCAAAUUGUCAUUGGAUUUUUCAGAUGAAGUUUACUUUCACACAAUGGAGCUGUUUACAGUUCAUGAAUAUACUUUUGAUCACCCUGCAUUAACCUUUUGCAACAACUACAAGACAUAAUUGUUAUGAGAUGCGCCACACAUACUAUAUGCAAUAUUACUCUAAAACACACAAAAAACGUUUCUUUUCCAUGUGACAUUACAAAUAUGUAAAAUAAACAUCAAUACAAAUGUCUUUAUACACAAUGAAAUUACACAAAUUUUUCCAUAAAUGUGCAGCAAUUGCUACUUUGUCCUGUGUGAAAAUCUUGAGGCACACAUGGUUACAUUGUAUAUUGCUAGGAAAAUGGGAAAUUGGUUGAAACGUAUAUGGACUCCAUAGCAUAUAAGAUGUUUGUGCAGUUCUAACAAUAUUUACUUUUAUUCUUCAGUCCUUGAACUUACCCAAGCUUUCUUGCCAUUUCUUUAGGCAGUGUUCAGCAAUAGUUCUCCAGGCUUCUCGGAGGACACUUAAAUCUCUUCUUUGGAUGCUGGCUGUCUUAUUCUGUCAGUCCUGUCAAUACGAUCCCACACUGCUUUAUUAAUGUGGAGGCUAGGCAUUGCAUUGUGUGUUUUUCUAACUAUAGCAAUGGAAGAGUUUAAGAAUCUGCAACUUUUCUGUGUGAAGUUGACCUUGUUGGAUUAAACGCACUAUGUUGUCUCUAUUCUUGAAGGCCACUACUUACAAGAAGGCUUGCCCAGUCUUUCCAAUAUGCUGCAUGUAGAUUUUCGAGUUAUCUUUUGCGCACUGUGUUCUAAGACAGUCUUUGGGCUUGCAGUCUAUGUAGUUAAAAAAGAAUUCCUUGUCUGUACUAGUGUUUGACCCCUUAGCAAAGGUAAAUAAAAUUCACUUUAACUCAAUUUAUCCUAGAUUUCUACAACACCAGGUAUGUUUUUAUACCAUAUUUAAAAACGUUUAAAACACUGAGGUUUAGUGUAUCUAAACACAAUCCUUACAAACUUAAAGCUCAGGUGUCAAAGUGGAAAAUGAGGAUCCGCACUGAGAGACAGAAAAUACAAAUAAGGAACUGUGCACUGUGACUCAUAUAAAGCUACUCUAGAAAGGUCCAAGAAUAAAAAUAAGGAUAUAAGCAUAAAAAAAUCCUCUUUGAGUUUGUUAAGUGGAGACAAACACCAAAAGUCGUCAUUUUCCUCUGUAAGCGCUAGAUGUUUUAACUGUAUGCUAAGAAGUAUCACUGACUUAAAAUGGGGUGUUAUACUAGGGUGCUAAUUUUCAUCUGUCGCCACCAACUCUUUUAGACCUUAUCAUAAUAUCAACAAGUUUAACCUCAAACCAUAAAAAAACAAGACCGAAUCAUCAGAUAGCUUUUAAGGAGACAGACACAGUCCAAGCAGAGGGCCAACCAAAAUGUCCUCACUUUGCAAAAAUUCCCUCACUCCUCCCUCUGCAACUUUAAUUGGCCCUCAUAAAGAGAGAGGUUCAAGAGGAUACUUGGAUUUAAACAUUAAAACCAGGCUAAUGUGCAUCUGUGCUCUACAUGGUACGUAAUCUGCAUAGUUAUGCUUUACGCAAUGUCCAUUACAACAUCUCUCUCUCUUUCACAAGUAGAUUCUCUCUCUCUCUCUCUCUGCCUGUCUCUCUCUCCUGCUCACUCUGAUUUCGCUCCUUUACAUUCAUACAAAUGUGACCAUGUCACCAAAACCAGGCUUAAGUGUUUAUCUUGAUGCCUUAUGCCAUCAACAUUAUGAAUCAUGCUAUGUAUUACACCAAUGCUGUUUCCCUUCCAAACAUAAACAUAUAACCUCCCCCUUCCUGUGAAUCUCAAGGGAGUCCUGCCACACAUUCUUGAGUGUACACUUCAUUGGAGUAAUGAUUCAGAGCAGCUCAUAGCCAAAUAAGACGAAACCCCCUCAGCUUGCCUACUUUGUCCGCAUAUGAGCUGCUUCUGUAGCUACAUGGACUUGGCCACUUGUGGAUUCAUACACAAAGACAGAAAAACUUUGGGCUGCAGUUCUGUUAGAGCUGAAUGCUAUUUGUGAUCAGCGACUCUGAAAUUAGAUUUUUAAACCACUAUUAUGUGUACAGCAAAAAAGAGAGAAAAGAAAAAAGGGGAGAGGGGGUGUUAGCAUAGAACAAGUGCAGAGUUGCCCUGGACUGGUCUGUUUAGACUUGACAGAUCUGUUUUUACUUGAGCUGUGCCAUUUGGCCUUCAAAAAUUCCAGACAUGUGCCAAACUGCAAUGAACUUUGACUCCAUUGUCUUGAUUUUUUCAGGCUUCCCUGUUCUAAAUUGGCCUGUAUUGCUGUAUGUGAUUAUUCUGAAAAGUCCCAAACUGAGAGAGCAGGAGAUUGUCACUCAGCUCUUUUGAUUACACGUUGGGCUCAGGGCUUUAUUUUUUGAAACUUUUUGUUAUCAGACUUAGUUCUUGUUUUUUCUUCAUUCUUUUACCCCAUCGCCUUUUCUAGAGCUAAAUUUACAAAAGUUGUAACAUGACUUUCAAGAAUAGAAAAGAACAAAAGUGGUACCUACCUAUCCCUGAAAAGGGGCUCAUGCUAGUGACUAGUAAACGAUAAAGUUGUCCCCUUCUCAGAGAACCUUUAAUCAUAGGCAUUUUUAAAGCAGGCAGAUGGAUACUUCCUUUUGCAAAUAUGUUACAAAUCUGUAGAAAAUGUGUAAUGUUGUUAAAGACUUACAAAAGUCACCUUUUACUGUGUUGGUUUCUUUGGGGCUAUUAUGUGUGGACAGGCAUGCUCUCAUUGUGCUUACAUGGGUUUUCACCUCCUCUUGGAUAAUUCUUAAUCAACCUUAGAUGGGAAGCAAAUUACAUAACACACCGAAGAGCAUAAAAAUGCAUAGAAUGAGGUGUUAGAUGAAUAAAAAAAGAGCAAUACAACUUCAGGUGUAAAGUGCAUUAAGUGGUUGAUAAGAGUUGAAAUGUAAGUCUGUUCUGUUCCAUUAUUAUCCAUUAUAUU